CGGGCGGCAGCAUCGGCAGCGAGUGGUGCUGCAUGGCGGCCCGCUCGGCCUGCCAGCAGCUGCUAGAGCGACUGAAGCCGUUCCGCGCGGCCGAAGGCGAGCCCCAGCGACCCUGGCUGCAGGUGGUCCAGAUGGCCUCCGGCAAGGGGGGCGUCAACCUCAGCGCCCACUGCGUGCAGGCACCCAAACCGGCCGGGUACUCUGUGCUCGGGCUGACGGCCGCCGAGGUGGAGCUGGACGUGCUCACUGGGGAGAACCGCUUCAACCGAGUGGACCUGUACGAGGACGCCGGCCAGUCGCUCUCGCCCUGGGUCGACGUCGGACAGAUCGAGGGCUCCUUCGCCAUGGGCAUGGGCCUGUUCCUGACAGAGCGGCACCGCUACGAUCCGGCCACAGGCCAGAAGCUCACCAACCGGGCCUGGAACUACUACCCACCAACGCACAAGGACAUGCCGAGGGACUUCAGAGUGAAGCUGCUGAAGAACAAUAAAAACGACAUCGGCAUCUUCAAUUCCAAAGCCACCGGCGAGCCAGCUGUCUGCAUGAGUAGCGUCUGCUUGAUGGCGCUGCAGCAGGCGGUGGCCGCCGCCCGCAGAGACUCUGGCCACAACGACUGGGUCACCAUCAACGCACCCAGUACAGUUGAGGAUACCCAGAUGGCCUGUCAGACGUCCGCCGAGAUGUUCGUCCUUUCCUAAGGCAGAGACGGCAGCCCGCCUCGCGACCCGGCUGGCUGACAGUGCGCAGCUUGCGUGUAGCGAUCGUCCACU